AAGAAGUAAAAAAAGAAAACCCUCUUCUAUAUCAUCUUCAUCUCUUCUCCUCAUUCCCAGGCGUGGCUUUUGGCUUUCAUUACCUUCUCUCUUUCUCUCUCUCUCUCUGAGCAAUCAUCAAGCACCCAUCAAUGAACAUGUCUGCUCAUCUCUUUCCUUCUCUUUUAUAUGCUCACAGUGAGAGCGAAAGGACCAGAGUUCCAGUCUGUUUUGUUUUGGUUUCUCUUCCUCAUAAUCAUUCUUGCUUCCAUUAAUAUCUCACUCUAUCUCUCUUUAAACCAGCUUUUUAAGUACAGUGUUUGAAGCAGACAACAAAAAUCAUUCGAAACUCACUGUUUGAUAUUCUUCUUGUCCAUCUCUAAGUGACUUCUCUAUAAAGAGAGAUAUGGAUAAAUGGGAGAAACCAGUUGGAGAAGAUCGCUUUCGACGCCAACAAAGAGAUAACCCUUCUUUCUCUUCCACUCUUCUUGAUGCUAUUUACCGUUCGAUAGAUGAAUCCAACGGUAAAGGUGAGGAAGAGCAUAUUUUCUACAGAGAAACUAUAAGGAAGAAACACGGCAAUGGUUUAAAAGAAGAUGGUAAAGAAGAAAGGAUUGCAAGUCUGCAAAAAGCAUGCAUGAUAGAGAAAUGGAUGGAGGAAAAAGUAUGCUAUGAAAAGGUAGCAGCUAGGCGAAAAUCCAUGGGUGAUUUCGACAAAAAAAUUCGAAAAGAUUUCAAUCCUAAACCUCCUGUGUUGCUCAACUCCAGCUCUAGUUCCUCAGAAUCUAGCUGUGGUGGUGGGUUUUCUUCCUCAGAAUCUGAAUCUUUUUAUGGUCUCAACUCAUCAAGAUCAUCAUCAACCUAUGCCAUGCAAAAGCCUAAGUCUAUUCGAACCAGUGUUUCCGCUCGGCCGGAGAGAUAUGAAAGAGCUGUUGAUGAAAUUGCUAUGUAUCAGUAUAAUCAUCAUCAUGAGAGAAAUUUUGCACCAACUCAAAAGCCAAAACACGAAGGCAGUUUUGUGAAGACGAAAUCCAGAGCCUUAAAAAUUUAUGGUGAUCUCAAGAAGGCGAAGCAGCCAAUUUCACCUGGGGGUCGGCUUGCAAGCUUUCUCAACUCACUUUUCGCUGCGGGAAAUGCAAAGAAAGCCAAUAUUUCAUCGUCAUCUGCGUAUGAGGAAAGAAAGAUAAAGUCUGAGCAGACAUCGACGUGUUCUUCAGCUUCUUCAUUUUCAAGGUCUUGCCUGAGUAAGACUCCUUCCUCUAGAGGGAAUAAAUUGAGCAAUGGAACAAAAAGGUCGGUGAGGUUUUACCCAGUUAGUGUGAUUGUGGAUGAGGAUUCUAGACCUUGUGGACAUAAAAGUCUCUAUGGAAAUCAUGAAGAGACUCUAAUGGCAGUCACAGCUACAAGAAAUCUCACAAAUGAAGACCUAAAGUUCCAUGUCAUGAAUGAAAGUCGCCGAGUUGAGGAAGUUACAAGGGAUCUCUUAAAGAAUUAUCAAAAGAAGAAGCAAGAAGAGUUUGCUGCAAGAGAUCUUUGCAAUGGCAAUGGAGAGACUAGCGAGGAAGAAGAAGAUGAUGAUGAUGCAGCAAGUUGUGCAAGUUCUGAUUUGUUCGAAUUGGAUAAUCUUUCUGCUAUUGGGAUUGAAAGGUAUGACGAAGAAUUGCCUGUGUAUGAAACAACCCAUCUCGAUACCAAUCGAGCCAUUGCUAAUGGAUUAAUUCUGUAAUUCCCAGAAGGAAAAAAAAAAAAAAAAAAGAGAGGGAAAAUUUUAAUUAGCUUUAUUAAUGAAAGGUGUGGGGGGUUUACAUCAGAGAAUAAGAUUUCUCAUCUUUCUUUAA